UGGCAAUCAGCCUGCAGUGGGGCGAAGAAAGUACUCAUUCUAAAGGCGAAGGCCCCGGAGAUCUUCUUGGGAAGGGAGCAGGAAAGGGCCGUUGGCCCGUUGCAUAUUGAAGUUAAAUCCUGCAAUUUGCCAAAUCGUGCCGCCAUUAUUUUGCUGGUGGACUAUCAAAGAAGACGGUUCGCAAAUUGCAAUCACUGCACACUUGUGCGAGGACGUGAAUCUGGGGUCUGGUGCAUUUGCUGAGCCAUUAAGCACGUACAUUGUUAGUUUGUUGCACAAUGGCGUCUGCGGUGGCGGCUGUGAGGAGUGUAGUGCCUUUGUGUGCUGCGGCCUCUGUCCUUGGGGCACCCACAGACCGGGUGACCAAUGCCCUGCCGCUGAGCUAUGCAUCGCUCAAGCAGAGCAGCUUUGCUGGCCGGUCGCUUGCAAUGGCUCCCAGCUUGAGGUCAGCUCUCCAAGCCCGGAGCGGUCGGACCUCUCACAAAGUGCGUGCGGCUGUUGAGCCUGAGGUUGAGUCAGAGGUUGACGAUGUCUCUGAGCAGCUAAAGGAGCAGCUCAAGGGCGUCCAAAACUGGUGGGACAAGCAGGAGGACAAACUGGCAAUUGUCGGUCUUGGCGUCUCCGGGAUCGUCGCCCUCUGGGCCUCGUCUGGCCUGCUGUCAUCCAUUGACAGGCUCCCUGUUCUCCCUGGCUUCUUCGAGUUUGUGGGCAUCUUGUUCACCGGGUGGUUCGUGUACCGCUACCUUCUCUUCAAGCCAGACAGGGAAGAACUGGCGCAGCUGGUAGACGAGACCAAAAAGAAGAUCACAGGAGAGGAGUAAUGCUUUUCAGGUUCGUCCAAAUAGCUAGCUAGCAUAGGGACAAUAUCUGCAAAAGGCUUGGCUCCAUGUGAGGAGUCCUCUAAGUUUCGGCCGAUGCAGGGAGGAGCUUCUCAAGGUUAUCGAUGAGCAGAAGGCGAAGAUCACUGGAGAGAAGUAAAGAUAGACUGCUGGGCUGAAAAGUUCCACCUCCCUCGUCAACAACAGAGUCAAGCCCGUGCAACGAUUUAAGCCCACUCAUGAUCAAGAGCCUGCCGUCUGCCAAGUUGUGGCACCGAGUGGUUCUUCCAACCGUGCAAGGUUUACAUUCCAGCAACCGGAAUCCAAUCACUCAUGUAAGACAACUUGAUGCACGUACAACUUUUGGGGCUUUUGUGUUGAGGGAGUCUAAUAAAUCGUGCCUGAAGCUAUAAGAACUGCUUCAGAAGUUAGACAGAGCUUGUUGCAUUUAUAUGCUUAGGGUGUGGAUAUUUGCAACACGUUGAUGCAUUCAGCCCUUCAGGCAGCUUAGCCCGUUACAACAUCUAUUUAUAUUCGUUCAUACAUUGUUGUUUUAAGUUGUGUCUGUGCAUGCGAACAAUAUCGUAUCCUCUAAUCUUAUAUUUGUCUAGUUACC